UGCUGUGUGGUAUCCCCACCCACUUCCCCCCCCCAAAAAAAAAAUUAUCUGCCCUAAUUCCUUCUUCUUCCCCACUAAUGGCUUCAACUGCAACUCCAACUCCAUUUUCAAUUCCUCCUCAAUGUCCAUCUCCCCUUCUUCCUCCUCCUCCUAUUACUCCUUCUCUAAGAUCGGCCUCGGCUACGCCAUUGCCAUAGCCCUCGCCUUCCUCGUCCUCCUUUCCGCUCUUCUUCUCGCCUUCUACGUCUGCUGUCGCGCCUCCCGCUCCCGCUCCCGCUAUCUCCACCGCCACCCCGCUCCCUCUCGUUCCGAUGCCGGAAUCAUUCUCCCUCAGAUCAUCUUCGUCGCCGAGGACGACGCCUCUCCAGAUCCCAACGAUGAUAACGGCGUCCUUGGCCUCGACCAGGCUGUCAUUAACUCUUACCCUAAAUUCCCCUUCUCCAGGGAUAAAUCCAUGGCCGGAGCCGAUUGCGUCUGCUCCAUCUGCCUCUGUGAGUAUAAGGACGCGGAGAUGCUGAGGAUGAUGCCCGAGUGUCGACACUGCUUCCAUCUCUGUUGCAUCGAUGCUUGGUUGAAGCUUAAUUGCUCUUGUCCGGUUUGCCGGAAUUCGCCACUCCCGACGCCGCUUUCCACUCCUCUUCAGGAGGUUGUGCCGCUCUCCCAAUACAUGGCGGAUCGGAGAAGGAGAUGAUUCGUUAAUUGCACUGAUCGUCAACGAGGCUUCAAUAGGUUCUUAUUUUUCGCUCUCCUCAUAUUCUCUGUUUGUUUUGCCUGUUUUCACUUUUAGGAAACUGUAAAUUCUUUAGUUAGGUGUUGAGUUUUUUUCGUCUCGAGUGUUAUGGGAACUGUUCGACCUAUACAUGAAAUUUUCAACUUACUUUUUGAG